AUGUCUGAUCCGUCCUUGGGUGCUCCCGAUGGCAAUGUCACUGCUAAACGAAAGCGUGAUAGUACCGACAGUGCUGGUCCGGAUGCCCAGCGUCUGAACCGUUCCUCCAAUGGAAGCAAUGGCAGCAUCCCCGCUCCAGAUGCCCAGCCCAACUUUACGCAUAGUUCCCUUGGGUCCUAUGACACACAUGGUCUUCCAAGCGCGGCAGCCGAGCUCAACAUUGACCAGCAGAUCUUGCAGCAUGUCGGUCCACAAAAUGGUAUCUCAGAUGACAAUGCUCUCACUGCGAAGGCGGCACUUGCUGCCCAUACCCCUCAGAAUAAAUAUCCGCCCCCUCCGGACUCGACGUUCGACAAUAACCUCGCACAUGGCUUGGCAUUUGGAGAUGAUAUGGGCCAGGGAAUCGGCUCCGCUCACGGUCAUAACUCAACCGCCGCCGCCGUCUACGCUGCUCGAGAGGCACAAAGUAUGAACCAGAAGCCUUCGGUCGGUUCUCCCGAAUGGCACCAGAUUCGCAAAAAUAAUCAUAAAGAAGUGGAACGCCGACGCCGUGAAGCAAUCAACGAGGGUAUCAAUCAGAUCGCUCGCCUUGUGCCGAAUUGCGACAAGAACAAGGGUGCCAUUCUACAGCGCGCCAUUGAAUAUAUCUGCCAGCUACAUGAAGAUAAGAAAGCAAUGAACGAGCGAUGGGAGCAAAGCAACAUGACGACAAGUCAUGCAAUUAGCGAAAUCAGCGGCCAGAACUCGAAGUUGAAGGGUGAGGUCAACCGCCGUGGGGAUAUCGCGCUGAAGUGGCUGCAGCGCUGCCGCGAUGCGGGUCUCGAGUUCGACGAUUAUGAGGAUUCGAAAGAACUGGAGCCUCUUGACGUUGAUCAAGGCCAGGUCUAA